AUGGUGAUGCGCAGCUCUCCGUUGACCGGCUGGAAGAAUGUUAGUACCGGCUCGGACGCCGAAGCUCACCGGCCCCCAACACGGAUAGCGGUCCAGGUGGUUCAAGGCUAUAUCUACGGCGUUAGGGAGACUCUACCAAACGGUGAGAAUUAUUUUUACUUCAAAGGUGUUCCGUACGCGAAACCUCCGGUAGGAAAUCUUCGCUUCAUGUCACCCGUUCCGAUUGAAAAGUACGCGGUUUCUUACUUGGAUUGUACGACGGAGAGAAGUAACUGCAUCGGUUUGGAUGUUCUGAGUAAAGAAGUUACUGGCUCUGAAGAUGGAUUGUAUCUUAAUAUUUAUACUCCAAAGUUACCGAGAAAGAAUGAGCAGAUGGAAAAGUUGCCCGUUAUGGUGUUUCUUCACGGCGGAGGUCUGAUUGGGGGCCAUGCAGAUAGUUCGAUGUAUUUGCCAAGUUAUUUACUGCAGGAAGGUGUCAUAGUUGUGACAGUAAAUUACCGCUUGGGAGUUCUUGGGUUUCUUUGUUUGCCACAAGCAGGCAUCGAAGGAAAUGCCGGAUUAAAGGAUCAGAGAAUGGCUUUGCAAUGGGUUAAUCAGAACAUUGACAAGUUUGGCGGGGAUCCAAACAAUGUAACCCUGUUUGGAGCUAGUUCAGGUGCCAUAGCGGUGAACUUCCACUGUUUGUCGAAGGAGUCCAAAAAGUACUUUCAUAAAGGCAUUAUGCAGAGUGGCUCCGUUUACACAGAGUUCGGUCACCAGGAUGAACCGGAGAAGAAGGCUAGGCAUCUAGCAGAGCUACUAGGUUUCACUCCAACUACAGACGAAGAGGUCUAUCAAAUCUUAAAAAGCGCACCUGCGCGAAAACUUUUUGAAUUGCAGCACAAAACUAUCAAUAAACGAGAACUUUUGGUUGAGAAACUGUUCCAAAUCCCGUUUCUGCCGGUAAUCGAGCGGGAAGAAUCACCGGACGCCAUCAUUACAAAGCAUCCGUCCGUUAUUUUGAGCGAACCCGAUGGCAUGGGCAUUCCGAUCAUUUUGGGUUACAACGAGUUCGACGGAAUGAUGGUGCUGAUCGAUGCCAUUAGGAACCUCAAUAGUUACAAUCAGGAACCGGAACGGUUCAUACCACGAAUUCUCAACAUUGACUGUUACACCCCGGAAGCCCGCCAGCUGGGCAAUCACAUCAAACAGUUUUACUUUAAGGAUAAAAAUGCUACACGCGCAACUCUGCUACCGCUAAUCGAUCUCUUUACAGACAAAUAUUUGCUGGCAUAUCGAAUCACGGCGGACCUCUGGGCUAGGUAUCAAACCAAGACAAAAAUGUACGGUUACCGAUUCUCGUUCGAUGGAUUGCUGAACAAAGGCAAGGCCGUAACCUCGUUCACCAGUAUGAAGGGCGCCGGCCACAUCGACGAGGUGUACUAUCUGUUUAGUUCUCCGAUCCUGAAGACGGAAGUUCCGAAAACCAACAAAGCUUACGCGAUGCGCCAGAAGAUGGUACGCAUGUGGACCAACUUUGCCAAGUUCAGCAACCCAACGCCGGACGAUGAUGGCAGUCUACCGUUCCGCUGGCUUCCGGUAGAAAAUGUUCCUCCCGACAGCGACGAUUGCAGGCAGUGUAUCCUCAGUAUUGGCGAAGAGAUCAAAAUGAUGGAAAUGCCCGAGCGAAAGCGGAUGGACUUUUGGUGCGAGCUGUUUCGCAAGCACAACGGCGACGUGACGAAGGCCAAAAUUCCAACCGCACCGGAAUGGAGGGUCAACGAUAUGAAUAAUAAUGUCUAG